UUAUAGAAAUACGAUUGCAUUUUAGAAAAUUUACUCAAAUUUUCAUUAGAAAUAAAAUAUUAUGGUGAAAAAAUUUUUUGUAUGUUAUGUGUUUUUGUUCGUGUCAUUUCUUUCACUUGCAAAAGUGGUGACAGCUGAAUCUGAUGAUAACAAAUAUGAGUCAGAGAAUGAAAUAUGUGAAAAAUGCAAUUGCACAGAUAUUAAUAAAGAGAAUGAAACUAAAGAGAUUUUUACCAUCGAUUGCUCAAUGAAAACUCUUGAAAAUACAUUUUCGGAAUGGCCAAAGGAUUUAGAUGAUAGUUAUAAAGAAAUAAUUUAUAUAAUGUCAUUCAAUACAAUAAAUAAGCUGUCACAGUUUCCUUCUACGGACGCAACAAUUUUUUUUACAUGCAAGAAUUGCAAGUUGUCAGAAAUAGCAGUCAAUGCAUUUAUUGACGUUAAAAAUAUUGUGUCCAUAGACUUAUCAUUCAAUGAAAUUACUGGAGAUUCAUUGCAUCCUGACAUAUUUAGAGGACCUCACUCUGAUACAGAUAAUUCACCAAUAAAUUUGCAGAUGCUUGACUUGAGUCACAAUGACAUCAGUUACCUUGACGAAAAAUUAUUUGAGCACACUCCAAAUUUAAAGAAGAUUGUUUUAAGCCAUAAUCAGCUGAAAAACAUUGCUGAUGGUACUCUCCAAGCUUUAUCUUCAUGUCAGUAUUUAGAGAUAUUACAUUUGGAACAUACUGGAAUUUCAGAUCUUCCUUCUGAACUAUUUCAAAACAUGAAACAUUUAUCAGAAAUUAUUUUAAAUGACAAUCAAUUUUUGGAAGUUCCAGCAAGUUUGUCAAUUAUUGGAUCAAGUCUAGAAGAUCUUCAAUUCAAUAAAAAUCCUAUUGAAGUGAUUAAUUCUCAAAGCUUUAAUGGAUUAGAAAAAUUGCAAAAAUUAAGCAUCAAUUUUAUGGACAAUUUGAAAUCUAUUGAGAAGAAAAGCUUUCAUAAUCUUAAUAUGUUGGAAGUACUUCAUUGUAGUGAAAACAAAAAAUUAACGGAUAUGGACUUGGAAGAUUUACUCAAUUUGAUUAAUUUAAAAGACUUGGAUCUUUCAAAUAAUCAAUUAAAAACAUUAAGUUUCGGUGAACUGAUUGAAAUUGAAAAGACAGAAAAUUCUACGGAAGUAAGAGAGUAUUUUAAAAAGUUGCACAAUUUGAAGCUGUCAGGAAAUCCAUGGCAUUGUGAUUGUAGUAUGAUUAAAGCUCUAGAAUUUUUCAAUCAUAAUUCAACUUACUUUAACAAGGCUAAAAAAUCAGACGAUUCAGAUGCUAGAUGCAAGAGUCCAACAGAAAUGUCUUCAAAACUUCUUUAUAUCUUACCAUUCGACUUUGUGUGUGCAUCAGAUUACAAGUCAAAACCAUUAAAAAUUCCCGUUUAUGAUCCUCCACAGUUUCUCCGUCCAAAAUCAAUCAUGUUGACGGUUGUCUCAAUUGUAAUUGUCUUAGUUCUUGGUGUCAUAAUAGGAAUUUUGAUUGUUUGUGUCUCAAGACGUUUGAAAUCAAACAAUGAUAUAACUUCUAAUCCAAUUCGUUAUUCGGCUGUAAGAAAUUCAACAAUUUCAAAUGCCGUCAAUGUUCCUUAUCAGCAACCGUAACACAUAAAUUAAUACAAGUUUAUGAUUUUAUUACUUGAUCUAGUAUUACUUACAAAGUAGUUGUAUACAAAAUAGGCUUAUCAUUAAUUAUUUGGCAGUGAAUUUAAUAUUAUGUCUAUUUUAAGAUCACUAAAUUGUGCAGUAUAAUCAUAAGCAUCAGAAACAAUAGAUAUUUUGUAGUUUUGAAUAGUCUUAAAAAGUACAAUUUUUAUGUGAUCUAGUGCAAAAUCCAUACAGAAGCACGAUCGCGAACCAAAUCCAAAUGAUAAAAUCGGCUCAUUUCUUUUGCAAUAUCUGUCAAUAUCAAAAGCUAAUGGAUCAGGAAAAUAUUUAUAGUCAUUGUUCAUAUGUAUUAUAGGUACUUUAAUAAAAUCUCCUGAAUAAAAUUUUAGUUUUUCUCCAUUUUUAGUUUCAACUGUGCAAUUUUGAUUACAAACUCGAUUAAUAUUAUUAAUAAGAGGCCAUUUCCUUAAAGUCUCC